GAUUUAAGUAUCUAUCUAACUAGUUAUAAUUAGAAUAUACAUAGACACGAUGGUAGUGGCUCUUAAGAAACAAAAGUUGAACCAUUCAACAAAAGGAAAGGCUGCUCCUAUAACGAAGGCUAAAGUAACCAUACAAGAAGAAGAGUCUGAAGAAGAGGAGGAAGAAGAACAAGAUGAUGUUGAAGAAGAAGACGACGAUGAAGAAAUAGAAGAAGAUGACGAUGAAGAUCUCGGGUCAAAUGAUGAAGUCGAUGUCGCAGAUGUAUCAUCAUCUGAAGCAGACAGUGAUGAAGAUGAUGAUGAUGAUGAUGAAGAUGAUUCUAUUCCUAAAUUGAAAAAGAAAAAGAACUUAGAUGAUGGUUCUGCAUCAUUUGCUAAUGCUUUCACUGCUAUUAUUGGUUCUAAAUUAAAAGCUCAUAAUAGGAAAGAUCCAAUAUUGGCUAGAAAUAAAAUAACUUUAAAAAAAUUAGAAUCUGAUAAACUUGAAAAUAAAGCCAAGAGUGCCUUAUUAAAUGAAAAGAAACAAUUACAAGAUCAAUUCAGAGUUAGAAAUUUAUUACCAUCUGCCAAUGAACCUGAAAAAGUUAGAGAAGUCUUGGAACAUGAAAAGAAAUUAAAGAAAGUUGCUCAAAAGGGGGUUGUUAGAUUAUUUAAUGCUGUGUUAUCAACUCAAAUUAGAACUAAUCAAGAAAUAAGUAAAGAAAAAGUGGGUAAAACUAAAAAGGAAGAAUUAAUGAAUGAAAUAUCAAAAGAAAAGUUUUUAGAUUUAGUUCAAGCUGCUGGAGAUGUAUAAAUUAACUUAUGAAGUACAUAUAAUUUUUUCAUAGCAUAUCACCUGUAUAUUAGUCGUAAAUAUAAGUCAUCAAAAGUAAC